GCUGGGGCCUGGUGCGCAUGCGCAGUGGGCGUCCCAAGAUGGCGGCGUCCAUGCCUGGCUGUUCUGAGGGGCCGAGAAGUGCGCAGAGGAGGGCCGCUCCCCCGAAGCUCCGCCGCUAGAGCCUUCCCUCUCCCGAGGCAGCAGCGGAGGCGGCCAUGGAGAGCUCGGGCGCCGCGGUGGGACUCGGGGGCGGGUCGGGCAGCAACGUCCCCGCCUUCCUGACCAAGCUCUGGACGCUGGUGGAGGACCCCGAGACAGACGCCCUGAUCUGCUGGAGCCCGAGUGGAAACAGCUUCCAUGUUUUUGACCAAGGCCAGUUUGCCAAGGAGGUACUCCCCAAAUACUUCAAACACAACAACAUGGCCAGCUUUGUACGACAGCUGAACAUGUAUGGCUUUCGGAAGGUGAUUCACAUCGAACAGGGUGGUCUGGUGAAGCCGGAGAAAGACGACACGGAGUUCCAGCACCCCUUCUUCCUCCGUGGCCAGGAGCAUCUCCUGGAGAACAUCAAAAGGAAAGUCACUAAUGUGUCCAGCAUAAAGAGUGAAGAUAUCAAAGUUCGCCAGGACAGCAUGACCAAGCUGUUGACAGACGUCCAGAUGAUGAAGGGCAAGCAGGAGAGCAUGGACUCCAAGCUGAUCACCAUGAAGCAUGAGAACGAGGCGCUGUGGCGGGAGGUGGCCAGUUUGCGGCAGAAGCACGCUCAGCAGCAGAAGGUGGUUAAUAAGCUCAUCCAGUUCUUGAUUUCCUUGGUGCAGUCCAACCGUAUUCUUGGGGUGAAACGAAAGAUCCCCUUGAUGUUGAAUGAUGGUAGCUCAGCCCAUUCCAUGCCCAAGUAUGGCCGCCAGUACUCUUUGGAGCACGUCCACGGCCCGUCCUCUUAUUCCGCUGCCUCCCCGGCAUACAGCGGCUCCAACCUGUAUUCGCCCGACUCCUCCUCCAACUCUGGCCCCAUUAUCUCAGAUGUGACAGAACUGGCCCCAUCCAGCCCCUCCGCUUCGCCCAGCAGCAGCCUUGACAACGAAAGGAGCAGUAGCCCUUUGGUCCAUAUCAAAGAGGAGCCCCCCAGCCCUUCUCGCAGCCCCCACAUUGAGGAAGCCAGCCCUGCCGGCGUGCCCGCUGUGGAAACCCCUCUCUCACCCACCACCUUCAUCGACUCCAUCUUGCAAGAUGACGCGUCCACCGCUGCCGCUGGCACGGCCCCUUCUGCCAGCAGCGCCACCGUUCAGCCCCAGUCCCCAGAAAAGUGCCUCAGCAUUGCUUGCCUUGACAAUUUGGCUCGUACUCCGCAGAUGUCUGAGGUCACCUGCCUUUUCCCCAGCCCUUCCUCUUCCUCACUGCACUGCAGACCACAGCAAGGGAAUGAGUUGAAUGAGCACCUUGACACCAUCGAUUCCAGCCUGGAUAACCUUCAGGCCAUGCUCACCACCCAUGGCUUCAGCGUGGACACAAGCGCCUUGCUGGACCUGUUCAGUCCUUCGGUGACGAUGACGGAUAUGAACUUGCCAGAUCUGGACAGCAGCUUGGCCAGUAUUCAAGACCUUAUCUCCUCCCAGGAGCAGCAGAAGCCGACAGAGACAGAGGACUCUUCAGCAGACACAGGCAAGCAGUUGGUGCACUACACAGCCCAGCCCCUCUUCCUGGUGGACUCAAGCUCCAUGGACGUGGGCAGCACCGACAUGCCCAUUUUCUUUGAGUUGGGGGAAACGCCUGGCUUCACGGAGGGAGACGAGUACUUAGAGGACCCCACCAUCUCCCUCCUCUCCGGAACAGAGACCCCCAAGCCCCCAGAUCCUGCUGUUUCCUAAGAGGCCAAGUCUGGGCCAGCGUGGUGGAAGGAAUGAACUGGACAAGGGGCUCUGCCAGCUGCCUCCUUGCUUUCACGCCAACUUUGUGUUGACCUCCCUGCUCUCUUUGGCUCUUGGAGGUCGCAAGGGUUGGUGUGUGUGUGUGUGUGUGUGUGUGCGCGUGCGCACUUUAACAAGGGGUUCACCCCCUGCCCUCUGCCAGGGAUGAAUGGCGGCCACUCCAGGGCAAGCACAGCACAGAUGUGAACAAGGGGUGCCAGGCUGGCAUGGCAGAAGUGGUGUGGACAUUGGCUUCCAAGCGCCUGUGGCCUGUGACAUUCACGAUCAGCUCUGGCCUUGCCCCUGAGGUUGCAGUGGAAGUGGCAUGGUAGGGGUCACUUUAGAAGAGGAGCCGGUGGAGAAUGCCCCUUCCCUGCCUUCUGCCAGGAUGGACUUGUUGGUUUUAAAAGGCAAAAAAAAGCCGCCCCCUCCCUCUGGGGCUCAAGGGCUGGGUCCCUUGGUUGCCUCUAAAGUCAUUUUACCAGGUUUUUUUUGGGGGGGGGGGGUGAUACAGUUGUGAGAAGUUUCUCUCCCACCGCCCCUGGCCAUCCACAUACCCCCUGCUCCGGUCUGUUUUCCUUGGCUUAGCAGUAAGGAAUUUGUACAUUUACACUUUGAUUGUUACUAGAAGAAAUUGUAUUUUGGAUUUUUACACGAGAGAAGUCCCCCCCUCCUUCCCCUCUCAACCUUCCCUGCUAUAUAAAUAUCUCUAUAUACAUACCCCAAAUAUAUUAUCUAUAUCUAUA